AUGUGGACUAAUCAAUUGAGAUCAAGUCUUUUUUUAGUUUUCUUUUAUUUGACUUACGUGAAUGGUGGUGCUAUUCAAUUAACAAGUAGUAAUAUUGAUUCUGUUCUUUCAUCGCAUGACGUAGUACUGGUUAAUUUUUAUGCAAAUUGGUGCCGAUUUAGUCAAAUGCUUGAUCCGAUCUAUAAUGAAUUAGCUGAUAAAGUUGCGAAAGAAUUUCCUCAACAUGGUUUAAUUGCUAUUGGAAAAGUUGAUAGUGAUGCUGACAAUGCUAUUGCUGCUAAAUAUCAUGUUAAUAAAUAUCCAACAUUAAAAUUAAUUCGACAUGGUCUUUUAACUAAACGAGAAUAUCGUGGUGCAAGACAAGUUGAUGCAUUUAUGGAUUUUAUUCGUAAACAAAUUGUAACAGAAAUAACAAAAUUAUCAACACCAAGUGAUUUAUUUACAUUAGAUACAAAAAAACGUUAUAUUGUUGGACAUUUUGAUGAUGAAAAUUCGGAUAAUUAUAAAAUGUUUAUGAAAAUAGCUGGUCUUUUACGAGAUGAAUGUCAUUUUGUUGCAUCAGUUAAUAAGGAUGAUUUUAAAAACGAACGUCCAUUAACAGAUGUUAUUUAUUAUCGUCCACCACAAGGAUUAAAUGAAAAAGAUAUGUAUUAUAUGGGUGGAAUAAAUGAACAAGAAGCAUUAUUAACAUGGUCACGUGAAAAAUGUAUUCCAUUAGUUCGUGAAAUAACAUUUGCUAAUGCGGAAGAAUUAACUGAUGAAGGUUUACCAUUUCUUAUUCUAUUUCAUAAAUCUGAUGAUCAUGAAUCAGUUGUUGCAUUUGAACGUGAAGUUGCUAAACAACUUAUGAAUGAAAGAACAAAUAUUAAUUGUUUACAUGCUGAUGGUGCACAAUUUCUUCAUCCACUUCAACAUUUAGGAAAAUCAAUGAAUGAUUUACCUUUAAUCGCAAUUGAUAGUUUUAAACAUAUGUUUCUUUUUCCUGAUAUCAAUGAAAUGUCAAAAGAUGGAAAGUUAUUACAAUUUGUUAAAGAUCUUCAUUCAGAAAAACUUCAUCGUGAUUUUCAUAAUCCACCACCAGCAACUCAACCAACAACAACAACUACAAUAUCACCAAAUGCGGAUGGUAGUGAAUCAAAAAGUAAACAUAUUCCAAAGACAUCUUCAACCGCUAAUGUUGAUCAACCAGCAAAUAAUGCCAAACAAUUUUUAAAUCCUGGUUCUCAUUCAUCAGCACCACCUGAAUCAGUUUUUAUUCAUUUAUCACCAAAUCGUCAACGUUAUUCAUUUCGUGAUGAACUAUAA